UCUGUAUUUUUUUAUUUUAUAAAUUUGUCUUUAGCUAGCUAGUUGAAGUUUUUACUCGGAUUACUAUACCUAGCAGUUAAGAUGUCUACUGCUUCCUUUAAAGACCAAGGAACGAAAAGUAAAAUUCUUAGGGAGCGUUCUGUUUCGGAAUCAAAAGAUGGAAAUUGUGUACUUUGUGUUGAAAAAGCUUCAUAUUUUGCUGUGGGGGUGUGCGAUCAUCCGAUUUGUUAUAAAUGUUCAGCCCGAAUGAGGGUACUUUCAAACCAGUUUUAUUGUGCGGCAUGCAGGGCUGAGAUGGAUCAGGUUGUCUUCUGCAAAAAUGUUAGAAGAUUUACGGACUUCAAGGUAGAAGAUAUGAUGCAAAAAUCAAAGUAUGGAAUUCGAUUUGAAAAUAAAACAGUUAAAGAUGCGUACGAGGCUUUGGUAUCUAACGCUUGCACUGAAUGUGGCGAAAAAGAGUCUCCUUUUGGUUCUCUUAAAGACUUAAAGAGUCACAUUAGAAAGGUGCAUGAGAAACAAUUCUGUCAAAUCUGUAUCGACAACUUAAGCUUGUUUUCAAGAGAAUUGAAAUUGUACACAAAGAGGGACUUAGUUCAUCAUCGCAAAGAAGGUGACAAAGAUGAACGUUCACAUCGUGGUCAUCCUGAAUGCAAGUUUUGUGAUGACCGCUUUUUUGAUAACGAUGCUCUUUUACUGCACUUGCGUAAAAACCACUUUUGGUGUCAUUUUUGUGAACAUGAUGGCAAGCAGGAUUAUUAUGAUGUUUAUCGAGAUCUAAGAAAGCACUUUUCAUCUGCACACUAUUUAUGUGAUGAAGGCAACUGUUUCAAUGAAAAGUUUACGUCGGUUUUUCGUGACAAGAUUGACUACCAAGCGCAUAAACUUGCAGCGCACGGUAAAAAGUUGAGUAAACUGGAAGCGAAAGAAGCAAGAAAGAUUGACAUCGACUACAACUUUCGCGGUCGUCAACAACAAUCAGGUGUUGUAAAUGGUUCCGAUUACGAAGAUGUUCGAAAGGAAGAACACAGCAAACGCCGAGGAGCAGGUGGAGCGAGGCAUCGAUAUCAUCGCGAUCAUCGAGGCACUUUGAAUUAUUAUGACUACGAGAACGUUGAAAAGGACAGAAGGGAGUUUCAGGGAAAAACAAGAAGACAUGAAGCUGAAGAAGUCAAUAAUAGAGACUUACAACACGUUGGUAUGGCUGCUGCCGCUGCAUCUCUCAGCUCUUCUGAACCCGACAUUCAUAACCGCUUACGUGAAGUAAGUAUGAACGAUAGCGAUGACGACGUCAUUGGAUUGUCGGAACGUCUUGACAAACCGUCUGAACCACGGCGAAGUCGAAAGCAGGAGAAACCAAGAGACGUGCAAGAAGCUGAUCAACAUCCUACCGAAGAUUUGUCUGCGAUAAUGAGAGAUAAACCAAAGGCUGAAGUUAGUCCUCCUAAAGAGCCAGUGCAUCGCCCUGUGGUGCCGAAAAAUGAGGAUUUUCCUUCUCUACCCGGUGCUAAUAAUAUCCAGCAAUCAAUUCAAAAGAAGCGCGAGGAAGCCUUUCCAGCUUUAGGUCCACCUAUGAAGGUUAAACAACCACCGAAAAGUCGGGCGCCUACCCACGCUAACAAGGGAUGGACGGAAAGCAUAAAUGGUAUCCCAAUAAAAACGAAGAAGAAGGGGAAGACGAAAUCAUGGAGCCAACAGUCAGGUCGUUCAAAAGUCAGUUCAGAAGCAGACUUUCCCUCUCUGUCUUCCAGCAAACCAAGUAGUAAUAACGAAAGCGAUUUAAACUUUAGAAAACCACCCGGUUUUAGUGUCGAAGAAAAAGCAGAAAAAACUGCAUCAAACGGUCUCAGUAAAAGUGAAGGUUUGAAAAAAGACCCUACCUCGGUAAAAGUGAAGACACCACCAGGAUUACAAACACCUCCAACGAAAAAACAGUCGACAAAAUCAGAACCCCCUGGUCUUAGAAAACAGUCCGACAAACCUUUAGUUCAGAAGGAAACUGCAAAGAGUCAACCACCUGGUUUUGAGAAACAAUCUAAUAAACCGUCAGCUAAAAAAGAAACUGCAAAAAGUCAACCACCUGGUCUUCAAAAACAGCAUGAUGAGCAUUCCCUUCGAAUGGAACGAAACAUGCGUUUACUAGCUAUGUUGCAAGCUUACUUAGAUGAUUUUAACCUGAGCGUCUUCAAAACCCUGUCCGGCGAAUUUCGUCGUGAACUCAAAAAUGCGGAAGAGUAUUACAUAGGAAUUAGAGAGUUGUUAGGUGAAAACUUGAAGUACGUGUUUUCCGAGUUAGUCGCGUUAUUGCCUGAUGAGAAGAAGCAGCAGCAAUUACUGCUGGUGCAUAACAACGCAAAGGUACUGGCAAAGCAGUGGAAGGAGGUACAGGAGAGUGCACCUCCUACUAGUUACGACCCCCCAGCAGUAUGGGGUGCGGCUAAUGUUAAUAAAGAACCGGUUGAAAUUGCAAUGAGUCGUUGUGGCGAAUGUGGGCAAACAUUUCCGAAGGAUAAAGCUUUGGAGCACAUGGAAAGUCACAGUGAAGAUUUUCCGGCUUUACCAACUGACGUGAAGAAAAAAAGAACGCGUAAUUUUGCGCCAAUCAAUAAUAGUUAUCGACAAAUUAGGGUGGAAAACGCAUGGGGUAAAUAAACUGCCUUGUUUUUGUUUGCGACUGAUGUGAAAAGAUUUCUUUUGUGCUUAUUUACCCAGAGAAACGUUUUGAGCAAUAUCCCAAAAAAUUAUUUUUCGGUAAAUUUUAAAAAUGAAUUAAAGCGCGAGAGUAUUUUCAAACUGAACGGAUGACUGACCAAUUAAAUCGUAUUGUUAAUUUUCUAAAUUAAAUCCACAGCCUCUUAUACUCCUGCCUCAUUAUUUGUUUGGUACUGUGCGUACUCUGCUCCUGUAUGUGGACCUUAAUUUGAAUCUCUUACCUUAACUUUCACCCUUUUCGUUAAGAUUUCAGAGGUCUGUGUCAUUCACGUACGUAAUUGUUGUCCAUAGAACGUCUUAUAAACUGAAUUGGCAAUGUGCAUUUCAACCAAAAUCACACGAUUUAUACCCUUAAUCCCCUCCCUCCCUAAUGUCAGCCGGUAUUUCGCGUACUUAUUUUUUCACGUGUGUUUCUCUUCAUCCUUUAAUUUUAUUUGUUGAGGUGGUUAUACUGAUGCUAAAUUUUGUGUGCAAGGUAAUUUAUCACCUUUUAACAGGAACGAAUCAGCGGGAACGUUUGGCGAAACAAAGAAAAUGCGAACUAAGGGAAAACAGAUUUGGUCUAAAAUUCAUGAUUAAUUCCCUAUUUUUCAUAAUUUUUUUUUAAGACACACAUCUGGCAAUAUCUUGUUUUCUAUUUUACUACUUCUCUUACUUGUUCAUAAUUUUUAUCUAAAUUUGGGAUAAAAUAAAAAAUGAAUUUCGCCAUGUCAAAAAGAACCUGCUCACAAUUCUUGGGUAGUAUUUUUCUACCCGUUUACUAAAAGAUUUAAGUAUAAAGGAGAAGUGUUACUUUUUUUUGUUAUGUAAAUUCUAAAUUGAGAUUUUUGUUAUCAGCAAGUGUUUAUCUGCUAUUUUAUAUAUAUUUCUAUAUUUAGUAAAUUUAAAGAUAAAAUAGUUACUAUUUAUUACGCAUGUACGAGUUGGGAAAAAAUACGAAUUUGACAAAUGAACUUGAAAUUCUAUAU